GGCCCCGACGGCUCCUGAGCGAGGCUCCGGCCCGAGACCGGUGCCGGGAGCACCGUUGUGUGGGGGGUUCCGGCCCAGCACAACCCUUCCUCCCUAACGGGUGGCCCAGCAACCUCCAGAGCAUCCUCCUGCCCCCUCUUGGGUUAUUUAUUGCCGAUAAUUACUAAUAACUUCCUUUUUUUUUUUCCCAUAAAUCCCUGCAGAGACGGGCCAUUAGACAACCAGACCGGUGUAUAAGCCAAGCCUGAUUAGCCGCGGAUAACCUGGCACGAUCAGUUGUGGAUCUGACCGGCAACAGUCAAGGAACAGGUUUAAAAUCAAAAUCAUCACACAGGAAGCCUGGCAACACUGAAGCAUGCAUGGAGGUGGCCAUUUUUCAUGAGACCAGGAAGUGAGUGACUGUUAUUCAAGCCCAACAGCUAUGGCAGGCGAUGAGAGGGACUAUAACCUGACAGAGGAGCAGAAGGCCAUCAAAGCCAAAUACCCACCGCUCAAGAAGAAGUAUGAAUAUCUGGAUCACACAGCAGAUGUGCAGUUACAUGCUUGGGGAGAUACUUUGGAAGAAGCAUUUGAGCAGUGUGUUAUGGCCAUGUUUGGCUACAUGACUGAUACAGAGACCGUGGAACCUCUGGAUACCAUAGAAGUACAGGCAGAAGGACAUGAUAUGUUGUCUCUUCUUUUUCACUUCUUGGAUGAGUGGCUGUAUAAAUUCAGCGCUAAUGAGUUCUUUAUACCCAGGGAAGUGAAAGUGCUUUACAUUGACCGAAUGCAAUUCAAAAUAAGAUCAAUUGGGUGGGGAGAAGAGUUCUCUUUACCCAAACACCCUCAGGGCACAGAGGUCAAAGCCAUAACUUACUCAGCAAUGCAGAUCUGUGAAGAAGAAAAGCCGGAAGUCUUUGUCAUCAUUGACAUUUAAAGCAAGAAAAGUGUAAUAAAAUGAGUGGAUACUUGUCACUGGCUAGCAAAAGUCCCUCAAAAACAGUAAUCCUCUUGGAAGUAACUAAGGAAUUGGCCAAUUCAAAUCAUAAGUUGAAGGGAGUAAUUGCAGGGAAUGUUCAUCUGUGUUUUGAUUUGAGGAUGGUGAGUCAGACCAAGACCUGUAUGCCAGGAAAAAAAGAACUAGUUGAGGUUUUUUGUUUGGGUUUUUUUAAGCGGGAGGGGAGAUGAGGGAGUUAUAGGGGUUGAAAGUCUCUCAGGAAUGUUAGUAUUUUAUAUCAACUUUUAUGGCUGAGGCAUUUGUUGGGUGGUACAUGAACUAAGUAGAUUAGUGGCGCUGGUAAUGAAAAUAUUGCCUUUUUGUAGGGUGGCAGAAGGUAAUUGUUAAUCUGCAUGAUUUCAUCUGCAGAUUUAAAUAGUCUAAUUCUGAGGUGGUAUCCCUUCAUAUUAAUUGAAGGCUCCAAAAUACCUGCAGUGGGUCAGAUUUAAUGCAGAAAAGUUUCUGAUUGUUUGAAGGAUGCCAAAGAAAGUAAACCAAUCUUUUAAAAAAACUUCUAGACUACAUAAAGGAAAAAAAAGUAAUGCCACCAGGUGGUGCUGAAUUGCCAUAAGUUUCCAAGUGAAAUGCUGAAGUGUGUGACCAUGUAUAUGGAAUCCGAAUAGCAAUUAUUAUCACUCUAAAAAGUGGAGAUUGCUUUGCUGCUGCUGUAGAAAGGGAUGCACUGCAGUUCCCUGCACUGGAGUCCGCUCCCAACUAUGCCUCAUCAUAAGAAAGACAAUUUUCUUCUUUUAAAACAGAACUAAGCAGAAAAUUCAAAUAAGGUUCCAUUUCCUUCUUUAGAAAGAAAACUAUACAGAGCUCCCCUCCACGUAGGAGGGCUGUGUGUGGUGAUACAUGUGUCUGUAACUCUGAUUAUUCCUGCUGAUUCUGCUGAGAAGAGUUUAUGGUUUUCAUCUGUCCUCGUUACACCACGGAGUUGUGAGAAUGUGCGGCAAAUCCCAGAAAAAGCUUCCUUUUGCCUUUAAUUUCAGAAAAUUCUGAACUUUCAUUCACCGGUUCAAAAAUAAUAAUAAAAAUAGUGUGUGUUUUGUUUUAAAUCAUGGGACAACUAAUGUGCGUUAUCUGCCGUUGCUAUUUAAACGUGAGCCAGGCGCAGUGAAUACGAAGUCAGGGCUGACCUGACCUGUUUCUGAUAAAUGCCACAAGUACCUCACCUCCCAAGGCAUCUUUAUUUUGGGGUAAAAUCAUCUUAAACAGAGAAGACUUGAGUUUUUAUUUCUGUAUUGUGAAGAUGGAGGAUAGAAUUUUUCUUUUUGAUGCAGCUUUUAACGCUGAAAUAAAACCUGGACCAAGAAAGAAUUAUGGAUAUGUGCGCACAUGAAUUAAUUCUGACUGAUGGAUUUUUUGAGGUUAAUAAAUUAACAUUUGAGCUUUGUUCUCUGGCAAGGUAAGAAUUAA